AUGCUCCGAUGGCGUCCGAGGAGCGCUGCGCGCGAGAUUCAGCCUCCACGUACUUCCGGGCCUCUGACUGCGAAGGAGCUGGAGUCGGCAUUGAGAUUGUGGAUUCGGAUGGUGCAGCGGCGGGCUUUCCGGUCGGAGCUCGAGGCGGUCACCGCAGGGCGCGGUGUUCCGGCGCGCAGCGCCCUCCGUCGGGUCACUCCUAUGGUCGACCCCCAGGGCAUUUUGCGUGUAGGGGGUCGCCUAAGGCACGCUCUGCUAAGCACGGAUCAAAUGCACCCAGUGAUCCUGCCACCGGACUCCCGCCUCACUCACCUUGUGAUCGACGCAAAUCACCGACGCACCCUGCACGGGGGCACUCAGGCGACACUGGCGGCCGUGCGACAGCGCUUCUGGAUACCGCGUGGACGGCAGCUGGUUCGACGUCACAUUCACCGAUGCGUUCGAUGCGUUCGAUGGCGGGCGGCCUCUCCUCAACCUUUGAUGGGUAGCCUCCCAAGGGCACGAGUGACCCCCGGCGGACUAUUCUUACAUACCGGCGUGGACUUCGCCGGCCCGAUUUGGCUGCGGACGACCAAGGGCCGUGGUCAUAAGGCCUACAAGGCAUUUGUGUGUGUAUUUGUCUGUUUCAGCUCGCGAGCCGUGCACCUCGAAGUCGUGAGCGACUACACCUCCGAGGCCUUUAUCGCCGCGUUCCGCCGUUUCGUGGCGCGGCGCGGGCUCUGCAGCGCCAUCUACAGCGACUGCGGAACCAAUUUCGUGGGGGCAGACAAGCAACUCCGAGCGCUUUUCCGAUCUGCAGGCCAGGAGGUGCACGAAAUUUUGGGACAACUCGCUGCGGAUGGGAUCCAGUGGCACUUCAACCCCCCAGCGGCGCCCCACUUCGGGGGCCUGUGGGAGGCGGCUGUCAAAUCGACAAAGAACCAUUUGCGCCGGGUCAUCGGGGAAGCCCGACUUACCUUCGAGGAAAUGACGACAUUCCUUGCGGAGGUGGAGGCCUGCCUAAACUCGCGCCCAUUACAGGCUUUAUCGGACGACCCUGAGGAUCUGGACGCCCUAACCCCGGGGCAUUUUCUAAUUGGCCGGCCGCUUAACGCGAUCUCGGAACCGUCCUUGCGAGAUGUUCCGCCCAAUCGUCCGAGUCGUUGGCGACUGCUCCAAAACAUGAGGGACCACCUAUGGCACCGUUGGUCGCAAGAAUAUGUCCAGAGCUUGGCCCCUCGCCCAAAAUGA